AUCGUUUUCUGGUAUACCGUAGAAGUUAGCUAUUUCGUUUCUUUGUGUGAUCUACCUUCGAAAAGAGGCUAUUGGUGUUGAAUCUCAUGAGUUUAUGGAUAAGAAGAAACAUAUUGCGAUAUUUACUACAGCAAGCCUUCCAUGGCUAACUGGGACAGCUGUCAACCCUCUGUUUCGUGCAGCCUAUCUUGCGAAAGAUGGUGUAAGAAAAGUUACUCUGGUGAUUCCUUGGUUGAAACUGACCGACCAAGAACACGUCUAUCCGAAUAAACUCACCUUCGAUUCACCGUCGGAACAAGAAAAAUAUGUCCGACAGUGGCUUGAAGAGAGGACUGGAUUUAAAUCAAGUUUCGACAUUCGUUUCUAUCCAGGAAGAUUUUCUCUGCACAAAAGGAGCAUUCUUGCAUUAGGGGAUAUUACGGAAGCCAUUCCCGAUGACGAGGCAGAUGUUGCUGUCUUAGAGGAGCCGGAGCAUCUCACGUGGUAUCAUCAUGGAAAGAGGUGGAAAAUAAAAUUCCGACUGGUUAUAGGAGUUGUUCACACAAAUUAUUUGGAAUAUGUGAGGAGAGAGAAGAACGGGCAACUCCAAGCUUUUUUGCUGAAAUACGUAAACAGUUGGGUUGUCAACAUAUAUUGUCACAGGGUGAUAAGAUUAUCAGCUGCCACUCAAGAGCUUCCAAGAUCCGUUAUCUGCAAUAUCCAUGGUGUGAAUCCGAGAUUCCUCAACAUUGGCAUGAAAAAGAGGGAGCAAGAACAAAACGGAAACCAGCCGUUUACUAAAGGUGCAUACUAUAUCGGAAAGAUGGUAUGGAGCAAAGGCUACAAGGAGUUGCUUAAACUGCUGAAAGAUAACCAGAAGGAACUAACUCAACUCGAAGUCGAUUUAUAUGGCAGUGGCGAAGACUCUGAUCAAGUUGAAGAAGCUGCUGAGAAACUGGAUAUAACAGUCAGAGUUCACCCGGGACGUGAUCAUGCAGAUCCUUUAUUUCACGACUAUAAGGUGUUCUUAAACCCCAGCACAACCGAUGUAGUAUGCACAACCACGGCCGAAGCUCUUGCCAUGGGCAAAAUAGUCAUUUGCGCGAAUCACCCGUCGAACGAUUUCUUCAAGCAGUUCCCAAAUUGCCGAACGUACGACGACGAUGAAGGUUUCGUAAAUGAAACAUGCCGGGCCCUACAGGACCAGCCUGCCCCACUGACAGACGAUCAAAUGCACGAGCUCUCUUGGGAGGCAGCAACAGAAAGAUUCCUUAAAUCCGCACAUUUAGACGAGGUGAAGAAAUUGACAAAAAAGCCCUCCAAGCUCUAUAUGUCCACUUCGUUCAAUUUGAGUAGGAAUCUUGAUGAUGCAUCUGCGUUUAUACAUCAUUGGGGAACUGGCUUUUUGACUAAGCAACCUGAUGAAGAGCAAUGUAAAGACGUGGGGUUUCCGGUUCCUUUGAAAAGACAAUCGUACCCUUCGAGAAAAUGGGCUUUCUGAAGUCGGUUGAAGAUUGCGUUUUUUGCAUGUUAUUAGUGUGCUGUGUAUUGGCUUUGCUGUAGUUUUACAGAUCUCUUUUUUUUUUUUUUUUUUUUUUAAUGAUAGAUUGAUAAGAUUGAUUUUCUUGUGUAUAACUUUCAAGUUCUUUUCUUUUGUUUCUCUUUGUAUUCUUUUUCUUUUAUUAAUCCUCACAUUUGUAACAUUUCAACAUUACAGUUUCUAGCUACCAGUCAAUUGUGCAGGUAAUUAUUUGUGCUAUAUAAUUACAUACAGUCUUUUCUUUUA